AUGCGCCAUCGAGCGUUCUCUUUCCUAGUCCUUCUCUUUUCAAUUCUACAAUUCCACCUGAUCGACGCCUCCUACUGUGGUGCAAAUGGCGUGCCGUACAGUUUAGAAAUCCUGUCCGAUGGUUCGCCGGUGCUUGGUUGCGCACAGCCGACUUGUAUGGCUGAACCAUCUGAAGAUUACGAGGAUAGCACGUUCAUAGCAAACGCUGCCGGACAGGAAGAUGGAUUUUUCCGAGAAGGUGACAGGCAGAGAAAGAGUUAUACACAAAGUUAUAAACCAAAGGCAGAAUGCCCUGGCCAAUUCUCGGACUUUGCGUGUACUAAGAAAAACCAAUGGGUUGGAGGAAUCGACUUCAUUGAUCAUCCAAGACAACCAUUGAUCCUUCAAUGCUGCACAUUUGAAGGACUCCGCUUCUCACAGGAUGUCGGUGUCACCACCAUCUCAGCAGGAGAAGCCGUGACUGGUGGAGAAGUCGUUCGUGAGGGUCGUCAAAUUUCAUUUGAUGUUAUCGCCAACGUGAGGAAACUAGUGGACCCAGAUGAUCCGAAACGAACCUAUUAUGAAGUUACCGUACGCCGUAUGAACUGUCUCCCGGACCCACCAGAGUUUGAAGUAGCAUAUGACGAUGACGUGGAACCAGAGAUCAGAAGAGUGUUGGGUAACGCUACUAACUCUGCUAUGAACAUUGGACAUGAGAAUCAUCCACAUAUUGCCAGAGAGAAGAAGGUGUCUAAAGAUAGGCCUUAUAAGAGAAAGCCAAAGACAUCAUCCACUCAUAAUGUGGUAUCUCCUUUCGCCGACGGUCACGAUGGCGAGAAGAAAGGAAGGUCGGAGCCAUUUAUUGGAAGUUUUGGAGCUACUAUUUUCAACCCAACCGCUGAGAACAAUAAGCACCACGAAAUACCAGAGGAACCUGCAACACCACCACCAAGACGUGAGCACGCUCCUUAUACCAGAAGGAUUUUGACACCAAAGCCAAGAUACGUGCAACCAAAGACAACUACACCAGCUCCUACAACUCAAGAAACUAUUGCACCACCAGUACAUGUCCAGGUCGAGCCCAACACCCCUGCCGUCACCGUUCCACCAAACCCAUUUGCCUUUGCCCCACUCCCACCAUUCCCACAAUUCGGACUGCCUCAACCAAAUCUAUUCCAAUUCCCAGCAGCUCCACCAGCAUCACCACCAGCUCCUCCCCCGCUUCCACCACCAGCAAUGUUUGGUGUACCACAGGCUCCACAACUCGCCCCUCUUCAACCACAUACUCACCACCACUUUGGGUUCUUCCAACCACAACCACAAUUCCAACCACAGCCACAGGUGUUUGGGGGAUAUGGUUUGAAUGGUGGUGGUUUUGGACAACAACAACAACCAGUGUAUGGACUUCAAGGUGUACAAAAUGUGCAACCUAACCAAUUGGAUAAUUUGGAUGUUUAUACGAAAUCUUUAUUAACUAACCCGAACAGUCCGUUCCUGUUGCAAGUACCAACGUUUGGUGCAGCUCCUCCAGCACCACAAUUUUUCGCGCCUCAACAACAGCCAGUGAUAGGACAGGACCCGAAACUUCAAAGAGUGAAUAUUCAAGCGCCACAAAGAGAAAUAUCUUCCCAACCUGCACAAUUCAGUCUUCAACCACAAGCAGAUCCAAAUCAGGCACCAAAAUCUGACACACUUGGUGCUCUCUACAGGCCGCCGCCAUUUGCAGCGCUUGGAACCACUUUGUACAAUUUCCAAUCGCAUAAUGGGUACAAGAAAGCCUAA